AACGCAUUCAACUGACAGGCCUGCAUUCACUUCCUGACGUCUCUCUGUAACUUUGUAGCUCGAAGACAACUAAGGUCAUUUCUUAUCAAAAAAUACUCGCAACAGAUGCACAUAUAUUCGUCUGCCUUAAACUAAUGACCCAGCAAGAGCAGCAUGAAUUCAGGGAAAGAUUGGAGGAAGCCCUGUCCUGGAUGCAGGGCAUCCAGGAGAAGCUUAAACAAAAUGAUAACACCCAAGGGCCCAGAUCAGCGCUGGAGUCCAGGCUCAGAGAAACCGAGAAAAUCCAUAGUUCAGAGCCUGAAGGCCAUUUGAAGAUGGACAGGGUGCUUGUGGCAUCUGAAGCUUUGCUUCGAAAUGGAGACGAAGAGAUGAAGAAUCAGAUUCAUUCAAAACUCAAAGAUCUGAAAGUGCUAUGGGAGGAGACUUUAACCUACAUAACUCACUGCCACAGUCGUAUCGAAUGGGUGUGGCUGCACUGGAGUGAAUACCUGAAGGCCAAUGAGGAGUUUAGUAUGUGGCAGGAGAAGAUGCACAGGGUUCUGGAACCCCUGCUUGAGAUGCAGUUGGGUCUGGAGGAGAAAAAUUGGCAGGUGGAUCAUCUACGAGUCCUGCAAAGUGACAUCCUGGCCCAGGAUCAGUUUCUGGAGAGGCUCCUGGAUGAGGCUACAGCCCUGUUUAUCCGCACGGAAGACGCCAGUAUAGAUGAGCAGGCUCAACAGGGACUUCAAGAUGCCUACAACCACAUUCGAGACCAAGCACAGGGGAGAUUGGCAUUAGCACAGAAAAUAGUAGAGGAGCACCAGCAAUACCAAAGUUGUGUUCAUAAAUUCCAAACCUGGCUGGAUUCUAAAACAGAGGAAGUCAGCCGUUUCAGCGACGUGGAGGACACAACGCAGAAUAGACUGAAAGCCCUGAAGGAGCUGGACACCAGUAUAGCUAAAGAAGAGCUCACUCUCCAGCAAAUUGAAGGCUUGUCUGAGGCGGUGAAGACAAACACGUCUCCAGCAGGUGCAGAAAAGAUCACAAAAGAGGUGGAGGAGUUGAGGCUGGCCUGGCAGAAAAUACGCCAGGCACUGGUGGACAUUUAUGAAGAGCUCCAGAACUCACUGGACUCUGAGAGCGAGUAUUCAAACCGUUGCAAGCAGCUGUGGUCAGAGUUUGCUCAGCUUCGAACCCUGGUCCAGACCCUCAGCAGUGAUUUGGAGAGUAGGGAUGAAGAGCGGACUGAGGAACACAUGGUCGCUCAAUGGAAGAAGCACAUGGGUGUGCUUAAGAAGCUCAGCGCAGAGGAGCCCUGGGUGGAACAGUUGAAAUCCCGGUUGAAAGAGCUAUUCCGAUUCCCACAGGAUUCCAAAGCUCUAUCUGAUGAGAUGCUAGCAGUGGUUAAGGAAUACCAGAGUGUGAAGGGCAGAUCUUUCAGGUUGUCCUCUGAAAGUGAGACGGCUCUUCGGCAGAUAAUGCAGGACCCUCUGUAUGGCUUCAUCCAGUGGAGUCAGACGGUUUCACAAGUUUUGGAGGCCUCUGCCAAUGUGACGGAAUUCUCCCAUAUCGCUCUGCAUGUGCAGAAUAUCGAGAAGUUACUAAAACACAGCGUGCAGCUGCAGGAGCGCUUGAGUUUGCUCCAGGUGAAGAGUGAUUUGCUCAGCUCUGUUUUUGGCCAGGAGAAAGCAGAUGAUCUGUUGGAGGAGCUCAGCGGGGAUAUGAGAAAGAGAGAGUUACUCCACAGCCAGCUCCAGCAGCGCAAGAACCGCCUGCAGGAAUUGAUAUCCAAGACAAAGGAUUUUUCAGAUGCCUAUGACUCCAUACACAAAAAGCUGACCUCCAUUAAGGAGAGGUUCCUCAUGGCGGACGGACUACAACCUGACAUUCUUGCAAAGAAGAGCCAGGCAGACCAGCUCAGGGUCAUUAGGAGAGACUUGGAGGAUUGUGAUGCCCAUAUCAUAGCUCUUGAGACACUGGUGUCAUCCAGCCCUACAAACAUGACAAAGUUUGAGCGUCUGUAUGCAGACUGGAAAUUGCUUUCUAAGGCAGUUCGGAUGAAGGUAAAUGAAAGUGAAGAGAACAUCGCAGAACAUGAGAGUUUCCAUGACAACAUUUUGAAUUUGGAGAAGUGGUUAAUGAUCAUGAGGCAGAAGCUGGAAUCGUUCCGUGGGCCCGACGGAGAAUGGAGCAUUGAUAAUCGGCAACAUGAGGCUGAGAGGGCGCUAGGAGAGUUUCCACAGAAGGAACUCCAGCUUCAUCAGACUGAGGCUCAGGGUCAGACCGUGCUGGCCAGGACCUCUGAGGAGGGCAAAGUUCACAUUCUGCAGGACCUUAAACGCCUCAGAGACUCCUGGAUGUCCCUCCACACGCUUAGUCUCAAUCUUUACAGGCUUUUGAAUGGACAUGCUGUAACCGGGGGGCAAGAUUCCCUUAUGCACACUACUGAGCUCCUGGACAGAUGGGCAGAUGGGCACCACGAGGGAUCAGGACCUGCAAGAGCAUCAAGCUUUGAAGUGGCUGCGGAUCCAGCCACAGGUGUUGAGGGAAAAGGACAGUAUCGUUAUCAGAAACUGGAUGGACAGUUCCACCAAGGAUCAGAUCCAACAGGUCACCCGAACUUGGAGAGGAAGAUGGAAGCAACUCAGGGUCAAAUUCCAGAUGUGUUCCCUGAUAACAUCCCAAGACCAGGAGGCCCAGAGGUUUGGAGACGAGAGAGGGGUAACCAUGACAUCUCCAUGGAAGAUGAAGUGGACACAGUAACUUCUGAAGGUUACUUGUUAAGGAAGAAUGAGACCAGGAGUGGUGGAAGGACUGGGGAAUGGGUUGAAGAACACAUGGGCGGUUCUGGGAUUGAAGAUUUGGACAUGCAAGGCAGAUAUGACUUUUUUAGUGGAGUUCAAUCUGAUCAUGCACAGAGAAGGAUAAGGCCAUCUUCAAUCCCACCUAAUGAGACCACUGUGGCUUGCGACUCUAUUGGUGGCACUCAGAUGGGCUCUCAGGGGUCCCAGCUUCAUGCUGACACGGUGGCCCUGUGGAGGAAAUUUGAAGCAUGGCUUCACAAAGAAAAUAACAAACUUACUGGAAUUCUGAACAAUCAAAAGGCCCUGAGCCAUAAAGAGCUGAGGAUAAGACAGAAUACACUCAAGGGUUUACAUGCCAAUGUAGCCUGGGGUCAGACACAGUUCCAGAAGUUGAUGACUGCUCGGCAGAAUAAUCCAGCAGAAGUGGAUGUGGAACUAGAGGAGUUGCGAUAUCGAUGGAUGUUAUACAAGUCCAAACUGAAAGAGACCGGAGACCUCAGAGAUUUUUUGAAAUACAAGGGUGGCACUGCACAAGAGAAGGAGCAUGUACGAGAUGGAAAGCAGAGCAGUGGCCCCGGGUUCCUGUACCGCGUAUGUCGCGUGGCUCUUCCUCUCCAGCUCCUGCUAUUGGCCUUGCUGCUGCUGGCCUUCCUGCUGCCUAUGAUGGACGAGGGCACCAGCUGCUCGCUGUCCAACAACUUUGCUCGCUCUUUUAACAUUAUGCUGCGCUACGAUGGACCACCACCCACUUAAGCAUGGAUGCAAUGGGUACUCAAGCCACAUGGUCAAAAAACCCAAAACAAAACAAGCUUUUCCUUUAAGACAGCAAUUUGUGGUUGUGUUUAUGUAACAUGGUUGCUUAUAUAUUUUUAUCAUUGUUCCGUUAUGUCCUUUUUUAUGUUUAUUUUUGGUUCUCGGCUUGUUUCAGUCCACAGUACACCCACUAGUUGACCCAGCACAUAAGAAAAUGUGUGUUUGUGUGAGAGAGUGAAAAUGUUAGAGUGGGUGGAUGGGAUAGACACUCGCAACCUGCUCUUAAUAACUCAAGCAGUUAAUUUCUCUACAAGCAUUUGAAGAAACCAAAUCAGCCUUUACAAAGAGCAAAACUCCAUGAAAGACGUUUAUACUUAGGAGCCAUUUCAGAUCACAUACGUUUUUAUUCUUUGUUGUAUCUAGCUACUUAAUGCAUAUAAAAAGUCAUUUUUGUGUGGUAUGUCUUACGCAAAUAAAGGGACAGUUCAUCCAAAAAUGAAAAUGAUGUUCUCAUUUGCUCAUUUCAUUCCAAAUCUGUGACUUUAAAUAAUUUCUCAGUCCUUACCAUUCUGCCUAACAUCUGCUUUUGUGUUCCACAGAUGAAAGAAUGUCGUACAGUUUUGGAAUGAAAAAGAGUGCGAGUAAAGAUAACAGAAUUGUUGUUAUUGGGUGAACAAAUUCUUUAGACAGUUUUUGGAAAUCAGAUUACAGAAGGCACAUAUUAUAGGGUAAAAAUAGCCCUGUUUGGGGAAAAUGUCCUUUUUUGAAAAUAAAUUUUAAACUCGGUGACCUUUCUGUUAUUUUUUUAUUAGUAUAUAUUUUUUUUGCAACAGUGUCAUAGCUGGGAGUUCUCAGGGACCAUUUGUUCUAAAAUCAUUAGAGGCCGAGUUCAGUAUUUGUAUUAUGACCACAUAGUAAAGGUCAUUUUUCAAUUAAUGGAAUGCUUUGAUUUAUAUUUGUUCAGAAUGAUGAAGGCAUUUUUGAGUUGGCAAAAAUCAUAACCCAUCUUUGUGUUAUUUUAAAGUUUUAUGUUUGGAAUGUAAGACACAUUACUUAGAAUCGGAGGCAAUUUGCAUGGCUUUAAGCUAUGUAGCUCAGUACAGUAGUAUUGCACAUACAAGCUUUUAUCCUGUAGCAAAAUGGAAACUGUUAAGUGCCCUUUUAAUAAUCUUAUUCAGAACUCUAUACCUUAUAACAAAACUGCUAUAUUAAGAUUGUCAUUUUUGUCAAAGGAAUAAUUAAACCAAAAAUUAUAAUUCUCUCAUAAUUUACUAUCCCCACUUAAACUCAAAUGACUUUCUUUUCUUCUGUGGAACACAAAUAUAUUUUUAUUUAUAUCCAAAAAGGACUUAAAGGCACAAUAAAGGUAAUCCAUACAACUUUAGUAGUUUAAACCAUGUCUUCUUAAGUGAUACGAUUGGUUUUGGAAGAUAAAACCAAGACCACACAUCUGCACAUGCGUCAUGUAUGGGGAAGUGUACUCAAGCUUCAAAUUAUGAUCGGCAAGGAAACUGCAUAUGGCAAGAUUUAUAUUGAAAAGAGUUACAUUUUAGUCUGUUUCUCACCCAAAGCUGAUCAUAGUUCUUCAUAAGACAUGGGUUAAACCACUCAAGUUGUAUGGAUUACCUUUUUUGUUGCCUUUCUGUCCUUUUUGUAGCAUAAAAGUGUUAGACCCCGUUGACUUGCAUUAUAUGGAGACAUAUCAUACAAAAUAUAUUUGUUUGUGUUCAGAAGAAAGUCAGUUGAUGAUGAGAGAAUUAUCAUUUUUAGCUGAACUAUUCCUUUAAUAUGUCAUGCACUAUAUCAUGUUAAAGUGAUUUAACAAAAAUGCAUGCCAAAGCGAGAGACAACCCAAAAUAUGCUGCAUUUCUUUAAACUGUAAUGUUGAAGCUUGGCACUUCAAUGUAUUGCACUGCUAUAUCAAUUGUAUUUAAUCUCUUUUAAGUCAAUGCAAACUCUUUACAGAUAUAAACACAUUUCCAUCAAUGAUACUGUAUGUAAAUCAAGACGGCAUAUGCUGUACUGGUAAACUGUAUAAAAUUUGGUUAAAAGAAUCAGCGCAAAUGCUUAUUAAAUGUAUGCUAAAAUAUCUAGCUAAUUUACAGCACUGUGUGCAUGGAAAGAGCUUUUCUCAUAGGAAAAAUACUGGAAAUAAUUUCAAAAACUCAAUUCAAGAUGGUUGCUUUAAAGCAUGUAGAAAUUAUAGUUACCUUUUUUUUUCUAAAAACCUUGUUUUAAAGUAAAAUUAGCUUUCAGAUACAUGAAAGGUUAAUAUAGGACAAUGUAUUCAUGGAAAAAAGGAUAACAUAUUUAUUUUAUUACAAUAUUUUGGAUCAAACUCUUAUAUUGUAUCUUUAAACCUCAUAUAUAUUGCAUGAAAGUUGAAUAUAGGACAAUGUAUUAAUUAAAAAAAAAUAUAUAUAUAUAUAUAUAUAUAUAUAUAUACUGUAUAUACACACACAUAUUAACAGUAUUUUGUAUUUUACUUUGGG